GGCGGCGCCGGGCCGGGCCUGCACCACGCGCUGCACGAGGACGGCCACGAGGCACAGCUGGAACCGUCGCCGCCGCCGCACCUAGGCGCACACGGACAUGCACACGCGGGCGGCCUGCACGCGGCGGCGGCGCACCUGCACCCGGGCGCGGGCGGUGGUGGCUCGUCGGUGGGCGAGCACUCGGACGAGGAUGCGCCCAGCUCCGACGACUUGGAGCAGUUCGCCAAGCAGUUCAAGCAGCGGCGCAUCAAGCUGGGCUUCACGCAGGCCGACGUGGGGCUGGCGUUGGGCACGCUGUACGGUAACGUCUUCUCGCAGACCACCAUCUGCCGCUUCGAGGCCCUGCAACUGAGCUUCAAGAACAUGUGCAAGCUCAAGCCGCUGCUCAACAAGUGGCUGGAGGAGACCGAUUCGUCCAGCGGCAGCCCCACCAACCUGGACAAGAUCGCGGCGCAGGGCCGCAAGCGCAAGAAGCGCACGUCCAUCGAGGUGGGGGUCAAAGGCGCGCUCGAGAGCCACUUUCUCAAGUGUCCCAAGCCCUCGGCGCACGAGAUAACCGGUCUGGCCGACAGCCUGCAGCUGGAGAAGGAGGUGGUGCGUGUCUGGUUCUGCAAUCGGCGGCAGAAGGAGAAGCGCAUGACCCCCGCGGCCGGCGCAGGCCACCCGCCCAUGGACGACGUUUACGCGCCUGGGGAGCUGGGGAGAGAAGCGAAGAUCCGGAACGUGCCAACUCACCCCGGGCAUCCUUUGCCCGCCGCCUGCUCCCUGUCCCCAACCCCUCAACGACCCCCGCCCCUGCCCCCGGGCUGUUCGGGGCCGGAUCCCGGCAGCGGCCUCCCCACAGCGACAGGGACGCAGUUCACUGAUGCUGAUGAGGCAGCCAAAACAGACCCCAGCUCCUUGGCUAAUGAAGGCCGCUGCCUGCCUGAGCAGUGA